ACUUAGAGAGAGAGACAGACAGACAGAGAGACAGGUGAGGACUUAGAGAGAGAGAGACAGACAGAGAGACAGGUGAGGACAGAGAGACAGAGACAGGUGAGAGGCAGCAGGACACCGGGGACAGACCCCAUCUUGUCCCGUCUGUCCCUCACCAGACCCCGGCUGGGUACCGACCAUGUCCCCGCUGAACAGCACCGACGCGCCCCCCCUCACCGAGCUGAGCUUCGAGCGGCGGUUUGACGACACAGGAUCGAUCCUGUGGAUGAAGCUCAACUGGAACAAAUCCUUUGUGUUCUGUGCUCUUUACGCCGCCCUGGUGUUGGCGGGGAGGAACUACAUGAGGCCUCGACCCAGACUGAGCCUGCGGCUGCCGCUCGUCCUCUGGUCGCUCAGCCUCGCCCUCUUCAGCAUCAUUGGUGCGGUCCGUACCGGUUCCUACAUGUUCCACAUCCUGAGCAGCAGUGGGUUCAGGAGUUCUAUCUGUGAUCAGAGCUUCUACAGCGGACCAGUCAGCAGGUUCUGGGCGUACGCCUUCGUCCUCAGCAAAGCUCCGGAGCUCGGCGACACAGCGUUCAUCGUGCUCAGGAAGCAGAAGCUGCUGUUCCUCCACUGGUACCACCACAUCACCGUGCUGCUCUACUCCUGGUACUCUUACAAAGACAUGGUGGCCGGCGGCGGCUGGUUCAUGACCAUGAACUAUGCCGUGCACGCGCUCAUGUACAGCUACUAUGCGGCGCGCGCCGCCGGCCUGCGCGUGCCGCGGCCCUUCGCCGUGCUCAUCACCAGCGCUCAGAUGGCUCAGAUGGCGAUGGGGCUGACGGUGUGCGGGCUGGUGUACGGCUGGAUGCAGCAGGGCGACUGCCACUCGCACGUCAACAACCUCGUGUGGGCGUCGCUCAUGUACCUCAGCUACCUGCUGCUCUUCUCCAACUUCUUCUACCACACCUACCUGCGCCGCCACGCCCCCGCCAAGACCGAGUAGGAGGGGCCAGGAGGACGGAUUCAGUGACGUCAAAUGAAUGAUAGAGGAAACAGGAGGUCACAUGAUCAUCCAAACAAUCACAAACAGUUUUAUGUUGAUCAAUGAGUCGAUGAUCAGUUGUUACCAGUUGAUCGAUCGAGUUUCACCAACAAAACUAUUCAUGAGGCGAAGGAAGGCAUCUGAUUGGCUGCUGGAUGAGUUCACGACAGUUCCUCUCUGUAUUAUUGUCAUUUAUUUAUAAUGUUUGUUAUGUUAUUGUGUUACUAAUGUAAUUGUCGGUGUGUGAUUGAGUUUCUGUCGGAGUUUGGAAGAAAAACCUUCGGCUCUUCAAAGUAAACGAUGACGACAGGAUUCUGGAUGAAAACAUCGGUCAUUGAAGUUUGUGAUGAAAAAAAUAUUUGAUUUAUUGUUAAUAAAUAAAGUUUUAAAUAUU